AUGGAAGGUCUUCAAAUGAAUGACACCAAUUCUUCCGGCUCCAACGAGUCAUACCUGCCAUUGGAAUACUUCAUCGGGCCGACCUCAUUCCACGCAGAUGAAAGUGAGCAGAGUGUGGACGACUCGGGGGCCUCGACGCCUGUUCAUGACUCGCAGUCGGUUGAGGAAGAUGAUCAAAUUCGAGUCAUCAAGCCUUAUGCCAUCGAAGAACCCGAUGAUGAGCCCGAGUGUAUCAUGCCAUGGCCGGAUGUACCAUGUCUCCCGGAUCCGUUUGAACGAUGGCAACGCGACUUGGUAGACUACAUGAACGAUUUAAAUUACCAGCCCGAUGGACAUAACCCAAAUGGGAUACCUGCUGUGCGAAAAAGAGGACAGAAGAGAAAGCCAUCCCUUGCCACUGGUGCUACACAGCAUUUGAAACAAAGACACGCAUUAGCCGAAUCUCACGCUCAAGCCCGUGAACAUUGCACCAAACGACAGAAAUUUGGCAAACAAAUGCAUGAAUACUCCCAAGGUAUGGACCCAUUUGAGGGUUUUCGGGAGGCCAAAGUAAAUGAAAGCUCAAGUUCCGAAACACAAUCGGUCGAUCUGAGUGGCAUUGAUACCGUGGACAACUCGCCCAUGGUCGAUGAAAUGGAUAUUGACUAA